CAGAAGACUUGUCGCCCCCUUCCCCCCUCCCGUCAUUCUUCUUCCCUCCUCUCAAGAUGUCUUUCGCCAACACCUUCCUUACCAAGCUCGCCCCGGUCAUCCACGCCUCUCGCUGCGUUGGUGCCGUUGCCACCGAGGUUGCCCGCCGUGAGGCCCUCAUUGUUGGCCCCAAGGACCUGAUGAACUUCACCAAGGACCUUGCUGCCAUCAACCUGAAGAACAUCCCCCAGGCCACCGUUCGCCAGGCCCUGAACUUCACCUUCAAGACCUUCCAGGUCCUGGGUCUCUUCACCAUCGGCGAGAUGAUUGGCCGCGGCAACCUCAUCGGCUACAAGGUCUAAGGCUGCUUGUCGUCGUCUGCCCCCUUUCCGCCCCCGCUUGCGCACCGUCGCGCGCGCAGGCGCCCUCACACACGCCGCCGCGUUCCCGUGUCUCCUCCCCUGGACCGGGCAUAUUGAGCGCGCGCGCGCGAGCCCCCCCCCCCCCCCCCCUCCC